AUGCAAUCGGAUGGUGAUAAUCGUGAUAUUCCCUGGUGGCGUCCUCGAGCUCUGACUUUGAAGCGUAAGCAGGAGAUGAAGGCGCACAAAGAAUGCGAGCCAAACGGCACUUGGUUUACGCAUCCGGAAACUCACAAAGUUUGGAGCAACUACACGACGUGCAUCAACUUGGUAGAUCUAAGUUGGCAACAGCAGCUGAACGUCCUGUAUGAGACCGGCUACACGAUAUCCCUCGUCGCGCUGCUCGUGUCCCUCGGAAUCCUCACGUACUUCAGAACACUCAGAUGCGCGAGAAUAACGUUGCACAUGAACCUGUUCGCCUCGUUCGCGGUCAACAACGCGCUCUGGCUCAUAUGGUACGGCUCGGUGAUCGGCAACGCCGAACUCCUCAUCAAGAACGGCUACAUGUGCCGGCUGCUGCACGUGAUACUCAACUACUUUCUGCUGACGAACUACGCGUGGAUGCUCUGCGAGGGCUUCUACCUGCACACUUUGCUGGUCAGCGCCUUCACGAGCGAGCACAGGCUGGUCAAGUGGCUGAUGGGCCUCGGCUGGAGCAUACCCGCCGUCAUCGUCACCGUCUACGGCACCCUCAGGGCCAGCAGCGACGAUCCCACCGACCAGCUACAAUGCUGGAUCAACGAGGGCAACUACAUGAACGUGCUGGUGUACCCGGUGACCGUGUCGACGCUCCUGAAUCUGCUCUUCCUCUGCAACAUCGUGCGCGUGCUGUUGACCAAACUACGCGCCGGACCUGCCAUCGGGACUCAACCCUCGCGCUCGAUACUCCAAGCGUUCAGGGCGACGCUGUUGCUGGUGCCACUGUUGGGCCUGCACUACCUGGUCAUCCCGUUUCGCCCGGGAAAAGGACACCCCUGGGAACGAGCUUACGGCAUCGUCUCGGCCAUCACGGCUUCCUUUCAGGGACUCUGCGUAGCGAUUCUCUUCUGCUUCUGUAACGGCGAGGUGAUAGCGCAAUUCAAGCGAAAAUGGGAGGGCACGGCGUUUGCCCGCAACCGAGCCAACUCCUGCACGGCAACCACUGUAUCGGUCCGCUGUCCGGGGAGGAGAAGGUAUGACUACCAAUCAGCGCCGUCGGCGGAGCCCAAAGGCGAUACCAAGCACCACCAGCCACAUCACCAUCACCACCAGCCUACCUAUCACCAUCACCAGCAGAACCACGACCGAUUUAUCGAUAAUGGAGAUAUCAUGGUGGCCGACGCCGGUGUGGGAGCCGGUGAACCGGUUACGACUACCGGCGACGAGCACAGGUUGACUAUCGUUUCCUUCUCCAACGAGCCCGUGCUUCUACUCAAUAGCAAUUGCAGCAACGGGCCCAAUCACAACAACAACAACAACAAUCCCUGCAGGUUGCUCCGACGGAAUGAUAGCAAUGGAAACAACAACAACAACAACAACAACAACAACAACCACGAUUUUACUUGCACAAACAACAGCAAACAGUCGCAGUGCUAACGCGUCUAUACGUGUAAGAUAGUGUAUAUGUAUAUAAUAAUUAAGAGACUGAUUCGAUCGUUUGUCGGUGUUUAUUUAUUUAUUCAGGGGGGUGUCACCCCACUCUCGAAUUCACGGUAUAAAAGCGGUUCAUCGUAGGAUUAUUCUUAAGAGUUCAAGAAUUCCUUUGCUGAUCGGUUUGAAAAGUAUAUACUUACACAUGUUACAUUCUUUUUUUUUUUUUUCACGAAAAAAAUGGUGCGCGCUACUUUUUCAAGCUGUUCGUUGACGCUCGAGAAAGCCAAGUCAAGUUCACCGCAAACGUUUGCGGAUGCAUUGCAAGAGUUAAAAAUUGACCAAUAAGUAGUGUGUGGUGCAGCUGAGAUGGGGUGAAAAAUUCCAUGACUGCGCGAUCAGAAAAACGUGAAAAAAGUCCUUUCGGACGUUUCUAUGGAUUCAAAGUCUUAUAAAAUUCAACAUUUAGAGCUGGCGCUGCUUUUCCAAUUAAACCAAAGCCUCGAGAGAAGGGCAAAAAAAAGUUGACACUUUCGAAUUUGCAUUUUACCGUGUUUCCCUUGAAAUUGGGGAAUUUGCUGAAUUUUAAAUGUUAUCUUUAUACUUUGCAAGAACUGAAAUUAGCGCGAUAUUUUAAUUUUUGGAUAAAGUCGCAUUAAUUUAAAAAGAGAAUUUUUCUACGUUUAACAAUAACAUUAUGCGUUUUCAAUUACAUUACUGUGAAAUAAGCUUUUUAAAAUGAGAUUUUCGCUACUUUUAUUUUAUGUCGCGGUAGUGCCGUCCGUUAAAGCUUGUUACCUCGGGGAUUUCACUUUUCGUAUGUUUCUUUUAACGUCUUAGAGUGAGAAAAAUUUAUGUCUUAUGUUUUAAAAAAAAUUUAAUUGUUUUUUAUUAAUUACUUUUACUGAUAA